GCGCUUCGAUUAUUACUGAUUUCAAAGAUCGAAAAUUGCAAACAAACAUAUUGCCGUUAGAAAUCUGUACAAGAGCUCCUCUUUUUGCAUUUUGUUUCUCUCUUUUUACAUUCAAAUUUCUGUUUCGAAUAAUUGAGUUUCCAGUAUCUAUCUUGUGAUUUUACUUGUUUCGUAUAGAAUUUCUUUGAUUUUCCUGUCGUAAGGUUCAUAAGUUCCAAUUUCGAAUUACAACAAUCCUGCUGAAAAUUUCAGAAAUUUUGUCGUAUAAAUAAAAUUGUGGAUUUCCGAUUGAAUUUCAACUACGUAAGAUAUAAUCUGAGGUGUGUACUAAUUAAUACUAUGGAUGAAGUACAUUUCCAUGGAAAACCUCCAUAGUUCCAAAGCUCCGAAGCUUCAGUCGAUAAGCCGCACGGUUUGCCCGAUCAAUAUGCAAAAUGUCAUUGGCCGCCGUUAUCACCGUUCAAUCUUCGAUCCGUACGCAUCCGACAGCUCGAACUCUCCAUCUCCACUGGCGAAGUACCUUCGCUCGUCCACUCCGCUGGGGGCGAUUGAGAACCUGCAGACGCCGCCGACGGUGUUCAGGGCACCAAUGAAGGUUGAGGAAGAUGUACUGGUAAUGGACGGCAUUCUGAUAGAUAAGUCCAACAAAAGCAGCGACAGUUGUGGUGUAAGGGUUAGGUCAUCCCUAAAAUCAUCUGAUUCCAGGAGAGGCAGCUUAGGGAGUUUGAUUUCUUCUUCUUUAACGUCGUCAUCACCGCCAGGCGGCGGUGGAGGGAGCGAGAAUGACAAUAGAAGCCUCGUCUGCUACAAGGCUGAAAAGUGUCGGUCGUGCGAGGAUUCUGGUAUAUGCCGCUUCGGAUCCAAAUGCCAGGUUGCACACCGGAAAGAAGAUCUGCGCCUGCGCACAAAUCCUUCGUCAAGCAAGAGCAUAUUUGAGGCACAGAUCUGCGAAUCAUACAACAUUUCGGGAGGAUCAAGUUCUUCAUCUUAUGGCACAAAGUGCCGCUUUGGUCCUCGCCAGGUCAAAGCAGCACCAGGACCAGCAAUCACGCCACCACUGUCAAUACCUAUGGCCUUGCCAACAUCACCAAUCGAAAUCAAACAACCUUCUGAUGCCGUUGUCUUUAGCAGGCCUUCAACUACCAGUCUUACUACCUCUGAUUGGACACCUCAGGAUGAUGGAAUUGAGAUUACUUUACCCUGUGGUACGACUGAGAGAGAGAAUCCCUCAAGAGAAGAUGUGGAUGAUCAUAUACAGAGGGUUCUCUAUGGAACUGGUUCAAGGAAAAGACUGCCUGUUUUUGCUGAAUUUUGCACAGUAGAUGAUUGAUUUGGAAUGUCUUUGCUGAAGAAGACACUAAUUCUCUGCUGAAUAUGACUCAGAUUUUUUCUUUUUCGGAGCUAAGGUAACAGACUUGCAUGCUUGCCACUGGUUAAUAUUUGUAAAAUUUUAGGCGGUCUGGGUUUCUAAUUUCGUUCUUCUGGAACAUCUUAUAGGCUAUAAGAUAGCACUGGAAUUGAAUAAAAGAAGUAAAUAGUCGUAUACCUUUCUGAUAACAUGCAUUUUUUGUCGUGUGAAGAAUGAAAUUUACCCUACUGUAUUGUGGAAAUUUAGUUGACGUGGAAAUAAAAUUUAAGGAUGUUUGGAACUUCAUAUUUGCUUCCCACA